GGGGUUGGUCAGAUUUGCCUGAAGGGCAGCAUGAAACUAGUCUCUGCUCGGAUCAUGCAAGCAUUGGGAUUUUUGGAGGAAAAUACAGUUUGACAGCUCAUUUAAAGAAAAGAAACAUGUGGAGUACCAUAAUACUCUCACUUAUAGUUGCAGCGGCAUUGGGCACAGAGGUGUCCCAGUCUGAAGAUGUAGAGUCUAUGGUGGCCGUUGAGAAGGUGGUGGAGAGGCAGCAGGAGAAUUUCAGCGACAUAUCCACCGUACUAGGAAAGUCCCGACACCAGAUCCUGGCUGCUCAGUUUGAAUGCUACCUGAAAAUAAUCCAUGAUCCAUCACCUACAGAAGAAGGCACUUAUUGUAACCGUACAUGGGAUGGCUGGCUGUGCUGGGGGGAUUCAGCUCCAGGAACUGUCAUGCAGAUGUGUCCAGAAUACUUCCUCGACUUUGACCCUGCUGAGAAGGUUACUAAAGUGUGUAAUCCUGAUGGCCAGUGGUUCCAUCACCCAGAGAGCAACAGAGUAUGGACUAACUACACCCAGUGUCAGGCCUACACCAAAGAUAAACUCAAGUUUGCCAUCAGUCUCUACUACCUGGCCAUGGUGGGUCAUGGCCUGUCUAUUGUCUCCCUGAUCAUCUGUCUGAUCAUCUUCUCCUACUUCAAGAGUCUUAGCUGCCAGAGAAUCUCCCUCCACAAGAACAUGUUUCUUUCCUUCAUCUUGAACUCCAUUGUUACUAUAAUGUGGCUCUCGCUCAAUGUGGCCAAUAACCAAGCCAUAAAUUCCAGCAACCCUGUGAGCUGUAAGGUUCUGGCUGUGCUGACUCAGUAUACGUCUACUUCCAACUACUUCUGGAUGCUGUGUGAAGGCAUAUACCUCCACACACUCAUCAUAGUGGCCGUCUUUGUCGGGGAACAGCAACUCUUCUGGUACUACGUUGUGGGAUGGGGUUUUCCCAUCAUUCCUGCCAUCACAUAUGCUGUGGCUCGUGGCCUUUUCUUUAAUGACAAGUGUUGGAUCAGCUCAAACACACAACUGCUCUAUAUCAUUCAUGGGCCCAUUCAAGCUGCACUGCUUGUGAACCUUUUCUUUCUCCUGAACAUCGUCCGAGUCCUGAUCACCAAGCUGAAAGAGACCCACUGUGCUGAGUCCACAGCCUACAUGAAGGCAGUGAGAGCCACCCUCAUCCUCAUCCCUCUGUUGGGAGUCCAGUACAUCCUUUUCCCAUGGAGGCCAGAGGGACGCAUUAGCCGGGCCAUCUAUGAUUUCUUUGUAAAUAUCUUCAGCCACUUCCAGGGCCUCCUGGUGGCAAUUAUAUUCUGUUUCUGCAAUGCUGAGGCUCAGACAGCGCUGCAGAGGAAGUGGGCUCAGUGGAAGUAUGCCUGGGGUAAAACUGGCUGGGGAACACCUAUCACCAAGAACCACUUCAACAACUCCUCCAUUACCGAAACCAGCCGUGCCACCAUCAACUUGGAGCAGCCUUCUGCAUCUUCUGAACAAAACGAAAAUAGGCCCUUCAUGUCCAACAUACAGCAGAAAGCCAACGGGCAGCAGAAGAACAGCAAGACAUGCAGCAAUGGGGAGAUGGACAGGCUUAACAAGUUGGAGACCACUGACAUCUGACUAAAGAAAGCACAGAGGUGAUGGUUGUGCCGAACAAACACACACACACACACUUAUAUGACACAUAAAGACUAAAUAGAGGGUGGGUGGUAGGUUUAUUUGGUCACAGGUUAUAGAUUGAACUUGAGUUUGUAACUCCCUUCUGCAAUAGCAGGGAAUAUACAUUAGUAUAGAAUCAAUUAUAAAAAUGGUAAACAUAAAUAAACUAUAUUCAAUGGA